CUGGAUGUAGUGCUGUCACCCUGCUUCAGAUACUGUUUCUUCAGCAAGGUGGACACUUGUUGCUGAGACUUGGUGAGACCUGAUGUUUUUGAAUACUACCAGCCAGUUGUGCCUAUGCUAGUACAACCAUACAAGUACUGGAUUAAUGAAUACACCUCAACGUUGGGCAUUGGAGUAUUUCAUUCAGGGAUAGAAAUCUAUGGAAGAGAGUUUGCCUAUGGAGGACAUCCCUACCCAUUUAGUGGGAUAUUUGAGAUCACACCUGGCAGUGCAGUGGAACUUGGAGAAACUUUCAAAUUUAAGGAAGCUAUAGCACUUGGCACAACGGAUUUCACAGAAGAAGACAUCGAUAACAUCAUGGAGGAACUGGGGAAGGAAUACAAGGGCAACGCCUAUCACUUAAUGCACAAAAACUGCAAUCAUUUCUCUGCGGUUCUGGCUGAGAUGCUGUGUGGAAAGGAAAUCCCACGUUGGGUGAACCGCUUAGCUUACUUCAGCUCAUGCAUACCAUUUCUCCAGAGUUGCCUACCUAAAGAGUGGUUGACACCAGCAGCUCUACAGAGUCACAUCAGCCUCGGCCUCCAGCGAGAAGAUCAAGGAGACAUAACAGAUGAGGACUCUCCAUCGACAUUGAAUGUGGCAGCGGGCACCACAACAACGUCCUCAGCUGGGUCAUCACGAACCUGUAGACACACUAGAGUUUAAGUGACCGUGUUCUUCAGGACUCUCUCUUCUGAAUCACGAUCUAGGACUGUCACCUAUCUCACGACCUGGUUUUACUCAGACUUUGCUUUGGGGAAAUUUUACCAUUUUCUGUGAAUUCUCUCUCCCACAGUGUGAUUCUUUGCAUUUUGAAAGGAUCAUGAUUAUGCAAAAAGCAACAAUUUUCUUUAGAAGAUUAAUUCCCAAGGAAUUCAUGUGUUGGCUGCGUUUUCCUAUUUCUUUACCACAUGCACGUAUCGCCUACACAGGGUGAAGGGGGCAAAGAUAGGGUCCACAUCACGUUUUUCCCAUCCGUUUAACGUAUAAAUUAAUUGGUUGCCUAAGACUGAUGCAAUUGUUCACCAUAGAGUUCCAUUGUAAAAAAAAAAAAUAUAAUCGUAUAUUUUUUUUUACCGGACUCUGCAGGAUACAAGAAUGUGGAGUGCUGCAUUUUUGCAUCCUUUUUUUCUAAUGUAUACGUCAAACUGAGGCAUAAAAUGUGAUGUGAACCCACCCAAAUAUUGAUGGCGUUGUCACUAUGUCAUCAGAUUGUAAUUCUAAGAAAUGGAUAGGACACGAAGGAUGAAUAAUCCGGUUCAAAAUUGUGCCUUUCCAAAAUGCAGGUGACUUGUACAAAUAUCAAAGUUUCUCUGCAUCGCAUCGUCUUGAUUGUAUAUCACUGGAAUAUGGCUUCACUUCCUGCUCAGUGGUAGUCUGAGCUUUUCGACUGCUGAGACCCCCAUCCAUCCUCAGGAUGAAGGGGCUGCAGUGUGCUCCUGUCCGCACACUGUCCAUUCACUUGAACAUGCAUGGUCCUGAACAGGUGGUGGUCAGGCGCCAUAGCAUUAUACCCCAUUAUUGUGCAACCCCAAUAUCAGAUAAAAUGCAGGCAGAUCAUACCGUUCAUACAGAGGUAAAUCUGCCAGACGCGAGAUUAAACUUAGGCUAGUCCAAGCUUGUUUAGCCGACAGCCAGGGACAGACUGGAUACUUAAAGCGGCCCUGGAAAAAAAUAAAAGUGGCCCCAUGUUGUAGGCGAAUCCAAACUGACAGAAGGUGGCGCCAACACAAGUAGGUGGGUUAGCAUUAACAUACUGCGGCACAUAAUACCACCCCAGCAGAACCUAAUACCACAGUGCAUCACAAAAUGAUGCUCCAGCAACACAACAUACCUCCCCAGUAACUGCCCCUCUGUGGUGGCCAACGCCAGCUGACACGUUCUGUUCUCCUACUCCAAUUGCCUUAGGAUGGCAAUACAGUUGAAUUCAGGAGUCAGGAGGGGUGUCACGUCAUUAUUUUCUUAAGGACGGCUUAGGUGGCUUCCUGGGCAUCAGCCAUUUCACCCCUGCUGAAAUUAUCAUUCCCGAUCCCAUGUGCAUGCAUGCUCUGCCAAGGUGAGUACGAAUGUGUUAUGAAUGGGGACAGGGGAAGAAGCCACAGCUAGACACCUCCCCGAGAACAAAAAAGGUUGUGCAAUUGAAAUCCAAUUGCUUAAUCCUUAUCUAUCCCCCAAUACCUGUCACAGAGAGUCAAGAGCCCCCCCCAUACAUAUUAGAGGGUCCGCCGAUCCCGCUGAGAUUGACAUGUUCAGCCAACAUUUAUCUAAUGUGUAUGGCUAGCAGAUCCUCCUGCUGCACUAUAAGACUGGGGCUAUAUGGUGACCUAAUAUGCCACAGCAAGUCUCAUAAAAGAUUUAAAAACAGUCAAAUUGCAGAAAAGUCGCAGUCGCACUCAACUUGCAUUGCGGCCUACGACCAGACAAUCGAAGUGUGGAAUUUCUUGUGACUGGCGCUUCACAGUAUGUUGUGAGUCGCAUCGCAACCCCAUUGACAAUCAUUGGAUGUGAUUAACGAUGUGACAUUGCAAUCUUUAUGUAGUCCCAAUCUAACUAAAUCUUUGAAAAGUAUGUGCUCUGUCUGUGAGCUCCAGGGACAUGUCUUUCAGAAAACUAAUCUGCAGCAUCUUUUCUUGCAACUCAGCAUUUUGCUGUUUCUCUGUUGAUCCUCCUGGAAGUGUAUUAACAAAGUGACAGCUUGGAGUUAAGGGGGAUUGUCCCAUUAUAAUAAUUAAUCCUCUAUGCACAGGAUAGGGGAUAAGCCUCUGCUCAGUGGGGGUCUGACCAUUAUGGUCCCCGAUGGUCACGAGAACGGGGGCCUGCGUUCCCAUGUUUGAAUGAAGCGGUACUUCUAUGGGACUGGGGAUGAAUGGAGUGGCACCUCUAUGGGCCUGGAGAUUAAUGGAGUGGCACCUCUAUGGGCCUGGAGAUAAAUGGAGCAGCAGAGCACAUGCGUGCCCACCAGCUAUUUAAAUAGGGGAACAUGGGCCCCAGUUCUCAUGAUCGGUGGGGGCCCCAGUGAUUGGACCCUCGAUGAUCAGACACUUAUCCCCUAAAUUUACACAACAUGCAGCAAGGACCAGGAAGAGGACUGCUGUAUCUGAACAAGGGGCAGCAGGUUUUCUGCCUGUCUACAUCUAAAGAUGCAUUGAUUGACUGGAUAACUUCUUUCCAGACCAUUAUACUAUGGAAACUACUCCCUGGCAGACUGCGGUCAAUAUCGCCUUCAUGGUUUCCGUACAGAUGGACUGGAAACAUGUCACAUUAAUUCUUCAGCACAUAAUUUAUUUCUGUUUGGAGCCGUUAAUACAUUUAUUUGUAUAAAAUGCACAAAACUGUAAGAAUAAAAGAGAAGAAU